AUUUUUACCCGCGCGUUCACGGGUUUGUCGUUGUCGAUGUCGUCUCGCCAUCUCGCUCGUUCUUCAUUUCCCUCGCAUCCCUCGCAUGAUGAUCGUAUAGUAUCGUAAUAGUUGCGGUGUUGCGGUCAUUACGUUCAACGGUUGUACAUUUUCAACAAAUACUGCGAGAUUUGGAACAGGAAUUGAGAAAAAAACAAUUGUGAAUAGUUUUAUAUGACGGAUUACGAAAAGUUGUAAUUUUGGAGAUUUCUUCGUAAUUUUUAAUGAAUAUAUAACAACAAAAGGGGAAAAAUAACCUCGAUUAUUGGACCGAGUAAGAAGCGGCGAACAAAAUGUAUUUUCUCGAGUAUCCUGAUAUCACGGCUGAAGUCAAGGGCGCCAUGACGCCUGGACGGCUCAAGCUCACGGACCAACAUCUAAUAUUCAAAAAUCAAAAAACCGGUAAAGUUGAACAAAUAUCCUCGAGCGAUAUGGAAAUGGUAAAUUUUCAAAAGUUCGUUGGCACCUGGGGCCUUAGGAUUUUUCUAAAGAAUGGAACUCUCCACAGAUUCCGUGGUUUCAAGGAAGCUGAGCAAGAAAAAAUUGCAAGUUUCUUCAGCACACAUUACAAAAAAGACAUGCUAGAGAAAGAACUUAGUCUCAAGGGUUGGAAUUGGGGAACAGCCAAGUUUAAUGGCUCCGUAUUAAGUUUUGAUGUCGGUCAUCACACUGCGUUUGAAAUUCCACUGGAAGAUGUCUCCCAAUGUACAACAGGCAAAAACGAAGUGACCUUGGAAUUUCAUCAGAACGACGAUGCUCCGGUCAGUUUAUUAGAAAUGAGAUUUCACAUUCCAAUCAACGACGGAGCUGACCAAGAUUCUGUUGAAGCAUUCCAUCAACAAGUUAUGGAAAAAGCAUCUGUCAUCAGUGUCAGUGGCGAUGCUAUUGCCAUUUUCAGAGAAAUUCAUUGUCUUACUCCUCGAGGUCGUUACGACAUCAAAAUAUUCCAGUCAUUUUUCCAGCUUCAUGGAAAGACAUUUGACUACAAGAUCCCAAUGUCGACGGUCCUUCGACUUUUUUUGUUGCCUCACAAAGACAACAGGCAAAUGUUCUUCGUUGUGUCGCUUGAUCCACCAAUCAAACAGGGACAGACGCGUUACCACUAUCUUGUACUUUUGUUCAAUCAAGAGGAAGAAACCUCCAUCGAACUUCCUUUCUCCGAAAAAGAGCUCAAAGAAAAAUACGAGGAUAAAUUGCCCAAGGAGCUAUCAGGACCAACUUACGAAGUGCUUGGCAAAGUCAUGAAGGUUAUAAUCAACAGGAAACUCACUGGACCAGGUGGUUUUAUUGGUCAUUCCGGAACUGCUGCAGUCGGUUGUUCAUUCAAAGCUGCAGCUGGCUAUCUGUACCCUCUGGAGCGUGGCUUUAUGUACGUUCACAAACCUCCGAUUCACAUACGUUUCGAGGAAAUAGCGUCUGUAAAUUUCGCUCGUGGCGGCGGAUCAACGAGAUCCUUCGAUUUCGAGAUCGAGCUUACGAGCGGCGUUAUGCAUACUUUUAGCAGUAUUGAGAAAGAGGAAUACAACAAGCUCUUCGAUUUCAUAUCCUCGAAAAAACUGCGAGUCAAAAACCGUGGAAAAAGCGACAAACUCAAUUACGAUAACGAUUUCGGCAACAGCGAUCAGGAAGACGAACCCGAUGCUUAUUUGGCAAGGGUCAAAGCUGAGGCCAAAGAACGUGACGAUGACAAUCAAGAUUCAGAGGAUGACGAAUCGACUGAUGAAGAUUUCAAUCCAAACGUUGAGGAGAGCGACGUUGCCGAGGAAUACGAUAGCAAUCCUGGCACUUCGGACAGUGACGCCGAUUCUGACGCUUCGGAAGGACAGAAGAAGGAAAAGAAGGAGAAAAAAGAGAAGAAGCCAAAAAGCGCCAAAACAGUGUCUGAAAAACCAAGGAAACAGCGCAAGAAGAAGAAGGAACGCGAUGAAAAUAAGCCGAAGAGGCCAGCAACCGCGUUCAUGUUGUGGUUGAGUAGUAAUCGUGAGAAAAUCAAGUCCGAGAACCCGGGAAUCUUGAUGACGGAGAUUGCGAAGAAAGGAGGCGAGAUGUGGAAAGAGUUAAAGGAUAAAUCUGAGUGGGAGGAAAAAGCGAAUGUUUUGAAGAAAAAAUAUGCGGAAGCGAUGAAAGAGUACAAUGAAAGCGGAGGCGCGCAAAAGGCCAAAGAACGUGCUGCAGAAAAGAGCAAAUCGGACAAAGCGGAGAAAAAGAAAAAAGAAAGCAAAAAAGAAGAGUCGUCACCGUCAAAACUGAUGAGUGGCUCUUCAUUCAAGAGUAAAGAAUACAUCAGUGACGACAGUAGCAGCGGGAAAGACAGCGAUUCGGAAUCUAAAAAGAAGAAAAAGUCACGCGAUUCCGAUUCAGAUAAAGAAUCAAAAGCUAAGAAUAAAGAGAGCAGCAAGAACAAAGAUGACUCUGAAGACGAGGAAGAUGAGGAAGACGAUGAGGAAGAGCAAGAAGAGAGCGAGGAAGAAAAGAAGAAACUCACGAAGAAAGGAGACAAAAGACCACCACCUGAGGAGGAUAGCAGAAAAAAGAAGGCAAAAGUAUCGAAAAAAGCUACUCCACCAACAAGCGAGGAAGAAGUUGAAGAUACACCCUCGUCGAGUGAUGGUGGUAGCGAUUGAAGUGUUUAUUCUCGUAAUUUAUGUAUACGGCUCAUUUCAUGUUACUAUCGUCUUUGUUGUUCGAAGACGUUUUCUCAUUUCAUUUAUUUUCUUAAGAUACUUUUAUUUCAACAGCAUCGAUUAUUUUACAACAUUUGCACUUACGAAUUUCACAUGAUGAAACAGUUGUAAUAUUUCUAUAAAACGAAAGUGCAAACCAAAAAAUUGGCAUGUUUAAUAUGACCUUCACUUAGACCUGUCACUCUCAGCGACUAUUUUGAGGCAAUACGUGCACAGUUUAUUGGAAAUAUUUGAAAUUCAAUAUAAUUCGAGAUAACAGGAAUUUGAUGAAUACUAAAAAUCGCGAGUUGAAAAAAAUAUCUAGAGAAUACGUUCGCGUUUGAGUCUAAAAAUAAAAUUUUCAUAUUCAAAUCUAAAAA